UUUGGAAGGAGAGCAGGUGACAUGAAGAUGGCCACUCUGGUGAACUACUUUGGUAUUGGAAAGCAGAGUCAUAGGAGCUUGGAUGAUGUUCACAUGAAUCUUGAAGUUCUCAAAUAUUGUGCAACCGUUUUGUUUGGAGUAAGUACAAAGUUUGUUGAUAACUUUGGCCGGCCACGGUUGAACUUUGUGGUUGAUGCAUCUCCAAGUUUGUGUAGAGUUCUGGAUCAAUGUGACAAAAUUGCACAAAAAUUUUCAGUGGAAUCUGGAAGCAAAUCUGAGUGGAGGCAUGUUGUGAUCAAGUUCGGAAAGUACAACUACCCUACCAUAAGAGUACACAUGCCCAUAAUGUUCAAUGGGGGUAUUGAGCAAAUCAUGACAGAGCUAUGUCAGAGAGAUUGUUCUGGGUCGACUCAAAAGGUUGUCUUCAUUGGACUUGAAACGGCAGAGCUGAUUAACUUGAUCAGGCCAGGGACAUUGGUGGAUGCAUUCUUCUCCUUUGGUUCAUAUGACUAUCAGGGGAGUGCAGGCAUCCGCUUGGUGGCUAAGAAAUUGAUUAUCUAUUCUGAGGAAUGAAGGUGAAAUGCUCUCUGAAAUCCAUUUCAGAAUCUUGCCUUAAAUCUUUUUCCCAGCUUGUUUGGUUUGAAGGGAAGUGAAGGGAGAGAGAUAAAUUUUCCUAUUUGAAUAACAACAAUUUGAGAAAAGUAAAGAAAAUGGAAAUUAAAAAGAAGUUCCUAUACUCCCAUACAUUCCUCUCAAACCGUUUAUUUCUGAUUAAACAGGUCAAAGUUUC